CUCUAAUGGCAAAUAAUCAUUAAAUGGCUGAAAUAAGAUUGACAACGUAAUCCCCAAAUAGAAAUUACAAUCAAAUGAAUUCUUCUAUAUAAUUUAUACCCGAUCUUACUCUAGAAAAUGCGAUUGAGCAGAUUCCUUUACCUUAAAAAUUAAUGAUAAAAAAGGGCAUUCUUAAAAGAUUUUACUAUGAGGUAAACAUAAUUUGUAUUAUUAUAGGAUGUAAAUAGAAAAAAAAUAAUUGGAUGUAAUAUUUAUGUGAAUGAAAUGAACGAAUAAUAAUUAUAAUUAUCUAAAAGAGGAAGUAUUAAAAUAUAAAAAUAAUAGAAUAAUGUAGAAUUUGUAUGGCAGAUGAAGAAACAUCAAGAUUUAUAUCUCCAUGUGCUUGUAAAGGAACAUUAAUGUUUGUGCAUGAGGAAUGUCUAAAAUUAUGGAUAUUAUAAAAGAAUGGUAUUGAAGAUGUAUUCAAAGAUAAGGUAAUUAUAUAUUGUAAAAUUUAAAUAGAUUAAAUGUGAAUUAUGUCAUUAUAGAUUUAGAAUGUAAAUGGAAAUUACAAAUAGAAUAGAUUUAUAGAGAUUUAAAAAAAUACCAUCUAAUUAAAAAUUAUGUUGGCUUAUUUAUUUAUUGAUUAUUAUUACUCUUAUAAGUGGUUUAGUUGGUAUGAGGAUCUCUAAUUAAUUUAGCUUUAUUUAUGGAAUUCUAAUUAUCAAAUAUAGGAAUAGAUGCUUUGAUGACCAUAAUGAUAGUAUUAUGUGUUAUCUUUCUUGCUUUUCUUAUUACCAGCAUCAUAUACUCUUUACAAAUUGAAAUGAUUGAAAAUUGGUCUUUAUUUCCAUUUAAACCAAGAGAUGUUAAGUAAGGAAACUUUUUUUAAUUAUAAUCUUAAAUGGGAAACAGUUUAUCAGGAAGUCCUUUAGCAAGAAAAAGGACAGUACAUGUAUAAACAUGUCCACCAUUAGGAAGUUUAUAAGUUAUUUAAAUUAAUCAAUUGAUGACAAGUGGUAAUCUUUCUGAGUAAUGAACAAUUUUUAUUAUUAUCUA